CGAUAAUGAACACUAAAUAAUUGGUUCAAGUGUGAAAAGUGCGGUGAUAAAAAUGAAUAGUGUGAAAUACAUCAUCUGGUUCGGUGUAAAUUGUGUACCAGUAACCUCUUUCUGAUCCAAAAAUGGAGUCCCAAAACCCAAAUCCCCCUCGAACCCCAAUGUACCCCAAAGUCAUAGACUCCAAUUACCAAACAAUUCAUCGCCCAAAUCCCUCCUCUACACCGCUCUACCCCACCAUCGACCCUGUGGAGAACCUCUUCCCUCACAACUACGAAACUCACACAGCUUCACCAUCGGCCCCUCCCGAAUCCAUUGAGGAGGUCUACCUCACAAUCCCCGGCGCAAUUCUCCAUUUGAUCGAUCAGCAUUACUCCGUUGAGCUUGCUUCAGGCGCACUCCAAAUCAUCGUUCUUUAUCAGGGGGAUAACACCGUCGCUUCUUUUGCUCGUGUCGGGGAUGAGACCCAAUGGCCUUUGACGAAAGACCUUGCAGCCGUUAAGCUUGAUCAAUCCCAUUACUUCUUCUCCUUCCAACCCCCGAAGGAAACUGAGGAUUCUGACUCCAACGAUGAUGACGGAAAAGAGAAAAAGAAGAAGAAGAAGAAGAAGAAUAAAAAGAAUAAAAAGGAAAAGGUGAAUAUGGAAAAUGAGGUGUUGAGUUAUGGGUUAACGAUAGUGUCUAAAGGGCAGGAGGGGGCCUUGAAGGAGUUGGAUCGAGUUUUGGAGACUUAUUGUAACUUUUCAUUUCGGAGGGUGGAGGAGAAAGAGAUGAUAGCAGAGGCAGGGGCAGCGGCGAGGGGAAUUACAGCAGGGGAGUUGAAUACAGACAAGAAGAAGAUGGAGGCGGUAGAAGGGCAGUGCGCAGCCUACUGGACGACGCUGGCACCUAAUGUGGAGGAGUAUAGCGGGACGGCAGCUAGGCUGAUUGCGGCAGGGUCUGGGCAUCUGGUUAAGGGAAUAUUAUGGUGUGGAGAUGUGACUGUAGAUCGGUUGAAGUCAGGGAAUGAGAUGUUGAAGGAGAGGGUGACUCCAGGGGAAAAUUCAAAGAUUGAUCCUAAGACCUUAAAGAGAAUUAAGAGGGUUAAGAGGGUGACAAAGAUGACCGAGAAAGUAGCAGUCGGGGUACUUUCAGGAGCUGUGAAGGUUUCGGGAUUCUUUACUGGUUCUGUUGCAAAUUCUAAAGUAGGAAAGAAGCUCUUUGGUCACCUGCCAGGAGAAAUUGUCCUUGCAUCUCUGGAUGGAUUUAGCAAAAUCUGUGAUGCUGUUGAAGUAGCUGGAAAGAAUGUGAUGUCAACAUCUUCCACUGUGACAACUGGACUUGUCUCCCACAGGUAUGGAAACGAGGCAGGUGAGGCAGCAAGUGAGGGACUGGAUGCUGCAGGACAUGCUAUGGGAACUGCAUGGGCUGUUUUUAAGAUUAGGAAGGCCUUCAAUCCAAAAAGUGUUCUAAAGCCCUCUACACUGGCUGCAUCUGCUAUCAAGACUGCCGCAGCUGAGAAGAAGGGAAAAAGUUCCAAGUAAUAGCUGAUUAGUCAUACAAUUUCUUUGACUUCUUCUGGAGUAUACAUUUUCCAGAUUCAUUGAGAGUUAAAGAGCCAGAUAACAAUCUUUGUUUAUCUUUUUAAAUAUUGUUGUUGUUCAGAACUGUCCUUUUUUUUUUUUAUUUUUUUUUUAUUUUUUUGUAGCUCAAGUUUGUUUCUUGUGAAUAGUCCAUCUCAGGACAUAAUUAUUUUUUUCCUUCUCAAUUUGAUAGGACGUCUCCUGAAAGUAUGAAAUACUUUUAGUAAAACAACAAUCACAAGCCAAAAUUUUUUCCUGUUUA